GAAUCAGGAAGCAGCAGCAUGAAGGGCACCCACUAUGGGAUGCAAAGUGGGAAGACCCUGAAGAAAUGAGAGAGGGCACCCACUAUGGGGCGGAAGGUUUCCGGACGGCAGCAGACAAAAAAGAAGUGGCCAAGUGUGUGUCAGGUUCAGACGGGGAGAACUGUCUCCACCCAAACAUUCACCCAGGCUGCACACUUGUCCCCACCAAGCAGUCAUAGACAGAGGUACAGAGGGGUGAGGUCCAAGUCCCCUAGCACGGGAGCGGGGCCCGGGGUGGAAACAGAACAGCACUCCAGGCAUAGGGAACAGCAAAGGCAAGAGAAGCCCACAGUUUAGACAAUCUCAAGCCCUGUGGGAUUGCAGUGGUAGGUGGAUGGGAAAGACCAGAGCAGAGGCUUGGGAGGAGCCAGCACCCAAAGGCUAGGAGCCAAGCCAGGGCUGAGCUGCCACGCAGUCCUGCAGGUCAUGGAAGUUUGCGGGAGUGACACCAUCGGAUCGCCUUUCGGAGAAUAAUGCUCACAGCAGGGUGCCUGGGGGACUGGCCAGGGGAGGGGCUGAUGUGGAGGCUGCUGAGUGGACACCGGAAGGAAUGAGGCUGUGUGGCCAGGUUCAGCUGCUGGGGAAAGCCUGAAGGGUAUGGUCAGCAGAGGUCACACAAGCCUUGAGUGGCUGCUGCCCCUUGGAUUUCCGGAGGAGUGGGCCAGUCACGAACUCCUCUUCAGCCCUCAGGGCCCAUUUUACGGCCCCAAAGCCCCAAGGUGCCGGUGCUAGGGCCACUUUAAGUGAGGGCAAAGGAAGUGGACACUUCUCUCUCCUUCCUGCUCACUCACCCUCCCUUCUUGAAAUCUCUCAUCUCUAUCCUCCGCCGCUGUCACACCCACAGGAGAGCCAUUCCAAGGGCCACUUCCAAGCCCCUUUCCUUGUCCUCAAACCCGUGGUUCUCAACCAUUCCCAGCUUCCUGUCAAGGCUGCCUCGACGGCCCCCAUUCACGGCCCCCAGCCCCCUCUCUGGGCUGGAAGGUGACAACCGCGAAAAGGAGGGCGACUCUCUCCUCCGCGGGGCUUCACGUGACAUCACAUCCUCCGAACGCGAAAUCGGCUCCGCGGCCGGCCGAAGGGCGCAACUUCCCCGGUCGGCGUCCCACUGGCUCCUGCGCUCCUCCGCAGCUUCGAGCCGCUAGCGGAGCGGCGCCGCGGGGAGCGCGCCAUGGCCUCGCCGGUGACCGCCCUGCUCCUGCCGCUGGGCCUGCUGCUCCAUGCCGCCACAGUCCUCGAGUCAUUCUCGUUCCGGAUGUCGCCGGUGCAGGUGCAGGCUCGCCUGGGCGAGAAGGUGAAGCUGCACUGCGAGGUGCUGCAGUCCAGCAUGACGUCGAGCUGCUCCUGGCUCUACCAGAAGCCCGGGGACGCCUCCAGACCCAUCUUCCUAAUGUACCUCUCCAGCACGCGGUCCAAGCCGGCCGAGGGGCUGGACACCAGUUACAUCUCCGGCACCAAGGCCGAGGGCGCCAACUUCCACCUCACUCUGCACCGCUUCCACGAGGAGGACCAAGGCUACUAUUUUUGCUCGUUCAUGAGCAACUCGGUUAUGUACUUCAGCAAUUUCGUGCCUGUCUUCUUGCCAGCGAAGCCCACCACGACGCCGGCGACGCCACCAGCCACGCGGGCGCCCACUAAAGCGUUGCAGACUGUGUCUCCGCGCCCAGAGGUGUGCCGGCCCUCGGCGGGCAGCGCAGUAGACACAAGGGGGCUGGAUUUCUCCUGCGAUAUCUACAUCUGGGCGCCCCUGGCCGGGACCUGCGCCAUCCUUCUCCUGUUAUUGGUCAUCACGGUCAUCUGCCACCGUCGGAACCGAAGACGCGUCUGCAAAUGUCCCAGGCCUGUGGUCAGACAGGGAGGCAAGCCCAGCCCUUCAGAGAGAUGCACCUAACAUGCGACGGGCCCCGCGUGACAGCCACUACAAGACUUCAAACUGAGAACUCUCCUGACAGGGAGAGCAGGAGUCCUUCCCUUUUGGUUCCUCCAGCCUUCCUUCCUUCCCUAUGUAUUCAUUCUCAUUAGUAUUGUUUUCCUGGGGGUGGGGUGGGAAGAGUUAACUUUUUCUUUACGUGUUUACUUUGAUUGACACAAAACGAGACUCUACCAUGUCUAGGGUACACCGCAAGGGUUAUAAUACCGUUGUGCUCCCAUAUUGGGGUAAAGGGGAGGUAGGCCAGAGCUACCGCAAGCUGUGUUCUCGGAACCAGGCUGUGAGGGCUGGCGGGGGCCUCGGCACCCACUCAGCCCCAACCUCUUCCCCAGCCAUUUUACAAAGGAGGAGGCUGAAGCCCAGAGAUGGGCAGCAGCUGUAUCAGAGUCCCAGCAGGGCUCGGGGCUCGACCUCCACACAGUCCAGGUCUCUCUUCUGGAGGCCUCUGUCUCAGAAUGGGGAGCUGUGUCUCAAGCCUCAAGAGAACAAGUGAUUUUUUUUUUCUUUUUUUUUUUUUUUUUUUUGCAGUACGUGGGCCUCUCACUGUCGUGGCCUCUCCCGUUGCGGAGCACAGGCUCCGGACGCGCAGGCUCAGCGGCCAUGGCCCAUGGGCCCAGCUGCUCCGCGGCAUGUGGGAUCUUCCUAGACCGGGGCACGAACCCGUGUCGCCUGCAUCAGCAGGCGGACUCUCAACCACUGUGCCACCAGGGAAGCCCACAAGUGAUUUUUUUGAGCACCUGUGAUAGACCCAUUACUGCGCCCAGAGCCCCGAGGAGGUAAUGAAAUAAGACAAGAGAACUUGACAGAGUUCUACGAUGUAGCUGAACAGGAUCAGACCUUUUAAUAAUUAAGCGCGAGACAAUACAGAUGACAGGAAUUCCUCAAAUAAAGUGGAAGGGGUGAACUGAAUCCUGGAAAAUGAACAACUAGACCUCUGAAGAAAACCUCUGUGAAAUCCCAAAGUGGAGGCAGGAUGGUUCUCCCAGCCCUUGCGUUGCAGAAGGACCCAUGAAAGAGGAGAGGCUGCCCUUUGCAAACACGAUUUGAGCAUCAGGAAAGCUGAAUGGAAGUCAGCUCUCUCUAAACUUGAGAUUUUGUAUUUGAACAUGCUCCUGGGAUCAUCGGUGAGUUUUUAUAGUUUGUAAAGGCAGAAUGGUGACAGCAGCUGGUACAGGCCCUGGCCUCCCCUGGACCAGCAGAUGUGGGAACGUAGCAGACAGACUCUGGUGAGGAAGCUAAGAGCCCAAACUGCAGCCCUACACACGCAUUUCCUCUCUUACCAUGUUGUAGUAGAAAUGCAUGCUCAUUGGAAGAAAAGACUUAAAUAGAUAAGGUAAUAAGAAUCCCCCAUAAUUCUUUACCUCAGGAAUAAUCCAUUGUUAAUAUUAUGGUAUACAUUCUUCCUGAUUAUUUUCUAUGCAUAUAUAUAAAAUAUAUACUUUUUAAAAAUGGGAUUGCACUAUGCUUUUAUAAGUGGCUUUAAUAAACAAACAUUUAUGGCAAA